AUGUUUGAAGAUGUCUGCAUUGCCAUAUCUUGUGUUUCCUUGCAUGAUUAUGAUCAAUAUUCCUAUGAUGCAAAUGGGUCAUUGGUGAACAAGAUGAUGCUGAGUCAGAGGUUAUUUGAGAGCAUUGUUACUCAGCCAACUUUUGAGCAGAUCGACAUGUUACAGGCCAGAUAUUAUGCAUCAAGUCCAAGUGCUAUUGCUUGGAGAUUUUCUGGGUUCAAUUCAUGGUUGCGCCAAACACCAUUUUCUGGGGAAAAAUCUUCUUCUUGUGCUUCUGCUGAUCAGUCAAACAAUUCUGCUGAGAGCCGGAAAAGGCAAGUUGGUGGGAAGGCUCUUACCAGAGAACCAGUUCCUCGGAAAUCAAUUGAUACUUUUGGGCAAAGAACUUCUCAAUAUCGUGGUGUAACUAGGCACAGAUGGACUGGAAGAUAUGAAGCCUAUUUGUGGGACAACAGUUGCAGAAAAGAAGGACAAAUAAGGAAAGGAAGGAAAGUUUAUCUUGGUGGGUAUGAUAAGGAAGAAAAAGCAGCUAGGGCUUAUGAUUUAGCGGCACUCAAGUAUUGGGGUCCAACCGCUCACAUAAAUUUCCCUUAG